AGGAUCCACGACACAGCGAAGACGAGACCACCACACGCCCGCACGCACGCCUCAAACAGCGAAGCUUUUGAUCGACCGAUCAUCCCUGGCCAUGGCCAAGCACGGCAGCUUCUCCGGGAGCUCGCCAGAGGACGACGACACUGAGACGCCACUGCUGCUGCCCGUUCACCGCGACGAAGCCGCCACCACGGCAGCUGGCCGACGUCAGGCGUCGCCGCUCCUGAAGGCUCUGCUCGCGCACAGGUAUCCGGCGAUCGCGUCGGGCCCCGCGGCGUGCGCGGCCGUGUGCGCGCUCGUGGACCUCGGCGGCACGGCGCCGAGGAACAUGCUGGGCGUGCUGGCGUGGGUGUUCCUGUGGUGGGUCACGGACGCCGUGCCCCUGGCCGUGGCGUCCAUGGCGCCCCUGUUCCUCUUCCCGGCCUUCGGCAUCUCCUCCGCCGACGCCGUCGCCAAGGCCUACAUGGACGACGUCAUCGCCCUCGUCCUCGGCAGCUUCAUCCUCGCCCUCGCCAUCGAGCGCUACCACAUCCACCGCCGCCUCGCUCUCAACAUCACGGCGCGGUUCUGCGGGGACCCGGUGCGGCCGUCGCUGCUGCUGCUGGGGAUCACCGGCACCACGGCGUUCGUCAGUAUGUGGAUCCACAACACGGCGUGCACGGUCAUGAUGAUGCCCGUGGCGACGGGGAUCCUGCAGCGGCUCCCGCGGGAGCGGGACGGCGGCGCGGGCCAGGAGGAGGACGAGGUGCGGCGGUUCUCCAAGGCGGUGGUGCUGGGCGUGGUGUACGCGUCGGCAAUCGGCGGGAUGGCCACGCUGACGGACACCGGCGUGAACAUCAUCCUGGUGGGGAUGUGGUCGGCAUACUUCCCGGAGCAGGAGCCCAUCACCUUCAGCUCGUGGAUGACCUUCGGCCUACCCAUGGCGCUGGUCCUGUUCGUGGCGCUCUGGGUCACUCUCUCCUUCGUGUACUGCUCUGACAACACCGGAAAGGCACUCUCGGCCUACCUCGACAGGGGUCACCUCAGAAGAGAGCUCAGCUUGUUAGGUCCGAUGGCUUUCGCAGAGAAGAUGGUCUUGGCCGUGUUUGGGGGUUUAAUUGUGCUAUGGAUGACUAGAACCGUGACAGAGGACAUCCCUGGGUGGGGAAUUCUCUUCCACAAUGAAGUUGGGGACGGAACAGUCACUAUCAUGAUGGCCACGUUGCUGUUCAUAAUCCCGAACGGGAAAAGCGAGGGGGAGAAGCUUAUGGACUGGAACAGGUGCAGGAAGCUGCAGUGGAACAUCGUCCUCCUCCUCGGCGCGGGCUUCGCCAUCGCCGACGGCUUCAGGACCAGCGGCCUGACCAACAUCCUCUCGGAUGGGCUCAGGUUCCUCGAGGGCGCGCCGGUAAUGGUGAUCGUGCCCGUAGCUUGCAUUUUUAGUGGGGUCAUCACGGAGUUCACCUCCGAUGACGCGACUGCGACGCUGGUGCUGCCUCUGUUUGCUGAACUGGCCAAGUCUAUCGAGGUGCACCCGGCGCUGCUUAUGAUCUCCGGCGCGGUCGGGGCUCAGUUGUCGUACUUGUUCCCCACCGGAUCACCGUCAAAUAUCGUUGGGUUCAGUACUGGAUACAUUACCAUCAAGGAUAUGGUGGCCACAGGGUUGCCACUCAAGGUUGCUGGAGUUGCAACUCUGACGAUCUUGCUUCCAACACUAGGAUCUGUGAUUUUUGGGGGCAAGGACAACAAAACAUAGGUACCUGAAUGCGAAGUUUUGGAACCUUUCUGCCUUAGGGCCACUUUUUUUUAGGCUUAUGCUUAUAGAGAAGCUGGCUUAUGGAUUAUGGUGGGGAGAAAUUUCGAUGUGGAGUAGCUAUGAGAAACUGUCUUAGACCCUUCUUUUCGGCUUAUGAAAAUUAAGCUUAUAUUUUGUGUUGUGUUGUGUCAAGACUGUAAAGCCCCUAAAAUUUAAUCGUGCCUUUGUCAAUACAAAAUAUAUUGUUUUACACAUAUAUAAGAAAGAAAAUGAGAACCAGGUCAUUCUUGU